CAUUUUCCUCUUCGAAAAAAAAGCAGUCGUCUCCCUCCCUGAGGCUGCUUAAAUGAUUGAAAUCGCACUGCCUUCUGGAAACCUAUUCAAUUGAAUUUCUGCAAUCGAAUUACUCCCUGUGUCUCUGCAACUCCUUUUUGGUCCAUGGAUCAGAUCCUCUUCAACCAAUACGGCGCCGCCGGCACGGUAUCCGAGGUGGAGAAGAUACUUGGCUACGUCUUCAACGACAAGGAGCUGCUGGUGGAUGCGCUGACGCACUCGUCGUCGAUCCCGAGCCCGAGGAACUAUCAGCGGCUGGAGUUCGUGGGCGACGCCGUGAUUCAGCUAGCCGUCAGCAAUUACCUCUUCCUCCAGAGCCCUCCGCUCGAUCCGCGUAAUCUCACCCUCCUCCGGGCCGCCAACGUCAGCACCGAGAAGCUUGCCCGCGUGGCGGUUCGCCGUGGGUUCUACAAGUUCGUCCGGCGGAACUCUGCCGCUCUGGAUGAUCGGAUAUUCAGAGGUAUUUUGGAACCCAUUGUAACACUCGAACAUCUGGAGCGCCAGCCACAACCGGUCACAAGACUGUUUGACCUCUGCCAAAAGCAGGGGAAGCACGUCGACAUCAAAUACUGGCGAAGUGGGACGAAGACCGUUGCUAGCAUCUUCGUCGAUGGAAGUUUUGUCGUGUCGGACUCAUCGGAUUAUAAAGAGAUUGCCAAGCUUGAUGCUUGCAGGAAAGCCUUCGACAUCGUGGUAUCGGAGCUGCCAAGUACUGAUUCUAGUACUCUUGCAGCUGGAAGCAGUGGCUAUGAUGGGUCGACGCUUACGAUACAGGACCCGAAACAGAAGCUCAAUGAGAUGUGCAUCAAGAAGAAAUGGCCGAAACCGUGUUACUGCAUUAUGAUAGAGGAAGGUCGUCCGCACGAGAAGAUUUAUGUCUCGGCGGUUGAAGUUACGACUCCGGAUGGAAUGCUGUACAUCCCUGGAGAUGCCAAGAGUAGAGUCAAGGACGCAGAAACUUCUGCGGCUACAUUCAUGCUGCACGUUUUGCAGCACAGUAAGAUUAGCUGAAGAACUUUUGAGACGCGAAGCAAGGCGGAGUGGGAAGCUAAUCUCUAUGGCGUGGUUGUGGUGCAAAAGUUGCAAGCGGAAAGGCGAAGAUAAAGGAUGAGCUCGUAGAGAUAGCUUGUAGUCGAAGGCAUGCAGUAGCUGCCACCAUUUUCACCAUGUUUGUCUGUGACACGAAGAUUGCUUUUACGCUCUGUUACCAGAUACUGGUGUUUGUGUAUUACAACAGAUGAUCAAGUAAUGUUAUGAUAGGUCAAGUAAGCUCGAGAUAAGCUAUGCUACAUGAGUGCGAGCCAUAGCCAGUAGAAAGAAUUCCUCGACAGCAAGGUCUGCAAUUUGCAACCUCCGUCAAGCUAGGAAUUGGAUGGGCAGACAAAACAAGUACUGCUACUGAUAAGAACGGCAACCAAAUUACAGCUACACAGUCGAUGAAAGUGUUGUUAACUUUACAUUUUACACUUUUUUUUCAUACACUAAGCAGACGACAGCUACGCAGUAGA